AUGCCAAAGACAGGACGUUUCAGCUGUACGACGUGCAACCCAGCACGGAAUGGGCUAGCUACACCCACGCCUUUGGCAUCGAGCCUCUUCAGCGUGCAUGCAACGAGUGGGUGCUCCAGCAAAACUGCCAGCGGGGAGCUGGUGCUUUUUCAUGGGACCGCUCCGCCUGCGGCGCUGGCCAUUUGUCGCAGCGACUUCCGCAUCAGCCUCGCUGGCGAUAGCACGGGAACCCUUUAUGGCCGUGGCACUUACUUCGCGGAGUCCAUCACCAAGGCUGACGAGUACGCCAAGGCAGCAGAUGGGGAGUACGCGAUGCUACUGGUGAGGGCUUUGGGCGGCCGUGUCCGCUACUGUGACGAGGUCGAACCAGAUGCAGAGGACCUCACUCGCAGCUGCAUCGAGGGGCCGUACGAUUGUGUUUUGGGCGACCGGAAGAAAUGCCGGGGCACGUACAGGGAGUUCGUCUUCUUCGACACCGAAAACCUCUACCCAGAGUACAUCGUCAUCUACACCCGGAGCUACUAG